AUGCUUGGAACAUUCAGGGCUACAUUAGUAGCUUGUGGUGGUUUGUUAUGGAAAAAUCCUUCAAAAAUGAGUAGAACGCGUAAAGCCAACGUACGCAAACGCUUAAGGGCUGUUGAUGCUGUUAUUGAAGCUGUAGAUAAUUCAGGUGUUAGUUGUAAAGCUCUGGAUUACGCACGUUCAUUGCCAAAGGAAUCAGAAAUGACUCCUCGCGAUAAAUAUACUGUCUUUAGUAGAAAACAUAAGGGUUAUAGAAAAUCUUUGCACAAAGUACCAAAAUUCACUAAAGUCACUAUAAGAAGAACUCCUCCCGGCUUUUAA